GUCAUUGCCAGUUGUCAGUUGCAGGCAGCGCUUAACCACGCUGAAAACAACUUUCAUAACCUCAUAAUUCAAAUUACAAAUAAAUACACGUGUUUUUAGAGUUAAGUUAAUAGCAAAAUGGGAAGAAAAGCUAAAUUCAACGAUGGAGUUCUUGUCAAGAAAGGUCCUGGUAAGAAGGCAAAGAAGCAGGGAGAACCGAUUAUCCCAGUUGCAUUGAAAGAUAAUGAAGGUCCCAAAAAGUUAAGUAGGCAUCAACAGUUAAGAGCUAAAAAACGUGAAGAGAAAAAAAAGGAAUCAAAAGAGAAACAAGUCAAUAAUAAGAAUAAAAAUAAGAAGAAGAAGCAAAUCAGCAAGUAUAAUAGUGAUGAUGAAGAAUCAGAGGAAAAUGACAGUAUUGAUGAGGAUAUGGAAGGUGAAUCCGAGGAAGUUGAUGAGAGUGACAAUGAGGAAGAGGUUACAGGUUUCACAGAUGAUAACAAAUCAUGGUUGAAGCCUAAACAACAAAGUAAGUCUAAGAAGCAAGUUGUUGAGGAGAGUGAAGAUGAUGAAGAUAAUGAAGAAGAGGACAGUGACAAUGAAGAGAUGGAGGAAGAAGAAGAAGAGGAGGAAGCAGAUAAUGAUGAAGAUUCUGAUAUAUCUGAAGAAGACGAUGAAUAUGGUGUGAGUAAAGAUGAUGAAGAUAAUGAAGAAGAAGAGGCUGAAGAUGAUGAUGAGUUACCAAUUGAAAAAGAAAGUAAAAAACUAAAGAAGGAAAUGGCUCAAAUGGAAAAAGAAGCCGAAGAAGAAUUACAGCUGAAUAUCAAGGAUCAAGAGAAAUUUGAAUUUCCAGAGACUUACGAUAUUGAACAGCUCACAUUGCAAGAUGUGCAGCAAAGGAUUAGAGAUGUUAUUGUAGUGUUGUCUGAUUUUAGCAAACUGAGGGAUGCCAACCGAUCUCGUACAGAUUAUUUGGAAUUACUUCUAAAGGAUCUGUGUGCAUACUAUUCAUACAAUGAAUAUUUGAUGGAUAAGUUGAUGCAAAUGUUUCCUUUGAAUGAAUUACUAGAAUUUUUAGAAGCAUCUGAGGUACAAAGGCCUAUGACAAUAAGAGCCAACAGUCUUAAGACUAGGAGGAGGGAUUUAGCUGCAGCUUUAAUUAAUCGUGGUGUAAAUUUAGAUCCAAUUGGUAAGUGGUCUAAAGUUGGCUUGGUGAUCUAUUCCUCUCAAGUACCAAUGGGUGCAACACCAGAAUAUUUAGCUGGAUACUACAUGAUCCAAGGCGCUUCCAGUUUAUUGCCAGUAAUGGCUUUGGCUCCACAAGAGAAUGAACGUAUUUUAGACAUGUGCGCUGCUCCAGGUGGAAAGGCCUCUCAUAUUGCUGCAAUAAUGAAGAACACUGGAUGUUUGUUCGUUAAUGAUGUUAACGAAUCUAGGAUUAAAGCAGUUGUGGGAAAUUUCCACAGAAUGGGAAUAAUCAAUUCUGUAAUUACAACAGUUGAUGGUCGCAAGUUCCCUAAUAUUAUCAAAGGAUUUGAUAGAGUUAUAUUAGAUGCUCCUUGUACUGGUACCGGAGUUAUCGCAAAAGAUCCAAGCGUGAAAGCGAGCAAAGAUGAACUUGAUCUUCAGAGAUGUUUCACUCUGCAGAGGCAAUUAUUAUUGGCAGCGAUAGAUUCAGUGAAUGCAAAAUCGCAGACGGGCGGAUAUAUCGUAUAUUCUACUUGUUCAAUUCUACCAGAAGAAAAUGAAUGGGUGGUAGAUUAUGCACUCAAAAUGAGAAACGUGAAGCUUGUAGAAACUGGCCUGGACUUUGGAACUGAUGGCUUCACGAAUUAUCGCAAUCAUCGUUUCCAUCCAUCAUUAAAGAUGACGAAGAGAUUUUAUCCACACACCCACAACAUGGACGGUUUCUUUGUAGCUAAACUAAAGAAGAUUUCUAACUCAAUUCCGAGCGAUGCAGAUAAAGUGGUUGUUUCUGAAGACGAAGUCAGUAAUGACAAGAAACAAUCAUCUUCCGAAGACGAAGCGCCGAAGAAGGAGCAGAUGACCAAUGGAAAGAAUAAUAAACAGAAAAGGAAAGCUGAGAAUAAUGACUCAUCAUCAUCACCAAAUAAGAAACAGAAACGCGAAAAUGAAGAUAAAAAGGAUAAAUCUGACAACAAAUCGCCGAAAAAUAAAUUCGUUAAGAAGAAACAGUUUAAUAAAGGUUCAUCAGCAUCUCCAAAUAAGAAACAGAAAAGCGAAAAUGACGAUAAAAAGGAUAAAUCUGAAGACAAAUCGCCGAAAAAUAAGAAAUUCAACAAGAAGAAACAGUUUAAUAAGCGACCCACUAAGUCAGAUUCCAGUCCGGUGAAAGGAAAUGCAGAAAAGAAAACUGGAACGAACGCAAGUCCAGCGAAAGGAAAAGCACAGUACAAGAAUAAGAAAAAUUUUAAGAAAACGAAAUAAUUGUUAGUUCAGGAGCGAAAAUAAGUUAUUUAUGUUAAACUUACUCCCGUAUUUGAAUGACCUACAGGCAAAUUUCACAUGCAACUAAAUCAUCUUUUUGUAAUGUUUGUGGAAUUUCAAUGAUGCUAAUGAAAUCGUUUUAUAUUUGUUACUAAGUACAUUUAUUUCAGUAAAA